AUGUCCGCCGCCGUCACUGCAAGCAACGCCGUCGCCAACGCCGCCAAUGGCGUCUCGUCCUCCUCUUCAUCAGCUGCAUCCUCCUCCGCUGUAGCUGCUGCUGGCAAGCCCGCCGUGCAGCCCUCGGAAGUGGGCUGGCUGUUUGUCACUCAGUACUACACCUUCCUCAACCAGAACCCGGGUCGCCUCCACUGCUUCUUCACCAAGAAGUCCACCAUGGUCCACGGCACCGAACAGGAGGAGUCGUCUCCAUGCUUUGGUCAGCAGCAGAUUCAUGACAAGAUCACCUCGCUCAACUUCCAGGACGCUAAAGUGUUUGUCUCCAACGUUGACACCCAGAGCUCUGCUAGCGGCGGCAUCCUCGUCCAGGUGCUGGGAGAGUUGAGCAACAACGGCGGUGCUUGGAAAAAGUUUGCACAGACCUUCUUCUUGGCCGAACAGCCCAACGGAUACUACGUGCUCAACGACAUCUUCCGUUACCUCAAGGACGAGGAGGAGAUCGAGGCCGAGGCUGAAGCGCUCGACGAGGCCAUCCAGGACGAGAUCGACGAAGCUGACAAGAAGGGCGUCGAGGUGCCUCACACGAUUGAGGUCAACAACAUUGGCAAUGCCAACGCCGUCCCCCAUCUGCCUUUGGCCUCGACCUCUGCGUCUACUCCCAAGGCCGCCAUCGAGUCGUCCGGCGACGCCAAACCGGCUGAUGCAGCUGCUUCUUCCGCCAAAGUCGACGCUGUGCCUGCCGUCGACGAGGUGGUUGCUACUUCGACCGACGCCGAGCCCACCAAGGCCGAGGCUGACCAGGUCGGCGUUGACAAGAAGGUCACCGCCGUCGAGGCUGACCAGGCUCCCGCUGCUUCCAAGGGUGCGACCGAUGCCGCCGCCGCCGCCAAGACAGAGACCGCUCCCGCUGCCACUGCUUCUGCUCCCGCUGCCGCCGCCGCUCCCGCCGCUCCCGCUGCUGCGCCUGCCCAGCCCGCUGGACCGCCCAAGCCGAAGACCUGGGCCACGCUCGCUGCUUCCGAUGCCACUCGUUGGGGUUCCAACGUCUCUACCGACGCCAAAGGUGUCUCGUCCUCCCGCCCGGCUGCCUCCGGCGCUUCCACUCCCUCUGCCGGCGCCGCCAAGUCGGCCGCCGCUGGUGCUGCUACUCCCAAAACGUCGACGCCGAGAAGGUGA